CCCUAGAGAUGGCAAGUCCUGAGGUAGUGAUAAGUAGUUGCAGCUUUCACGAAGAGGAAAAUGGCUGUACUUUUCAGCAGCGUUCAUCUCCAUCUGUGGAGCUCUUGCUGGAGGACCAGAUGAGGCGAAAACUCAAAUUUUUUUUCAUGAAUCCCUGUGAGAAGUUCUGGGCGCGAGGGAGAAAACCGUGGAAACUUGCCAUACAAAUUCUAAAAAUUGCCAUGGUGACUAUACAGCUGGUCUUUUUUGGGUUAAGUAACCAGAUGGUGGUGGCUUUCAAGGAGGAGAACACUAUAGCCUUCAAACACCUCUUUCUGAAAGGAUACACAGACCGAAUGGAGGACACAUAUGCUGUGUAUACACAGCACGAUGUGUAUGAUCAGAUCGUCUUUGCUGUGAACCAGUACUUGCAGCUGCGCAACAUCUCAGUUGGGAAUCAUGCCUACAAGAACCAGGGUUCGAAGCAGUCAGCCAUGGCAGUCUGCCAGCAUUUCUACAGGCGAGCAAGCAUCUGUCCUGGGAAUGAUACCUUCGACAUAGAUCCAGAAAUUGAAACAGAGUGUUUUUUUAUACAGCCUGAUGAGCAUUUUCAUUUUGGAACACUACAAGACAAUAAGCUCAACCUAACGUUGGACUUCCACAGACUCCUCACAGUGGAGCUUCAGUUUAAACUGAAGGCCAUUAACCUGCAGACAGUUCGUCACCAGGAGCUCCCUGAUUGUUACGACUUUACUUUGACUAUAACAUUUGACAAUCAGGCCCACAGUGGAAGAAUUAAAAUAAGCUUAGAUAAUGACAUUUCCAUCAGGGAAUGUAAAGAGUGGCAUGUAUCUGGAUCAAUUCAGAAGAACACUCACUACAUGAUGAUCUUUGAUGCCUUUGUCAUCCUCACCUGCAUGGCUUCGUUGGUCCUCUGCGCCAGAUCUGUGAUUAGAGGACUUCAGCUUCAGCAGGAAUUUGUCAACUUUUUCCUUCUCCAUUAUAAGAAAGUUGUUUCUGUUUCUGAUCAAAUGGAAUUUGUCAAUGGAUGGUACAUUAUGAUUAUUAUUAGUGAUAUACUGACAAUCACUGGGUCAAUUCUGAAAAUGGAGAUCCAAGCUAAGAGUCUAACAAGUUAUGAUGUCUGUAGCAUAUUUCUUGGGACUUCUACCAUGCUUGUGUGGCUUGGAGUUAUCCGAUACCUUGGUUUCUUCGAGAAGUACAAUCUCCUCAUUCUGACUCUCCAGGCUGCACUACCCAAUGUCAUGAGGUUCUGCUGCUGCGCAGCUAUGAUUUAUUUGGGCUAUUGUUUCUGUGGAUGGAUUGUGCUGGGGCCUUAUCAUGUUAAGUUCCGGUCUCUGAACAUGGUGUCUGAGUGUCUUUUCUCUCUGAUAAAUGGAGAUGAUAUGUUUGCUACAUUUGCAAAGAUGCAGCAAAAAAGCUAUUUGGUCUGGUUAUUUAGCAGGAUUUACCUCUACUCAUUCAUCAGCCUAUUUAUAUAUAUGAUUUUAAGUCUUUUCAUUGCACUGAUAACUGAUACGUAUGAAACAAUUAAGCAUUACCAACAAGAUGGCUUCCCAGAGACUGAACUUUGGACAUUCAUAUCAGAGUGUAAGGAUCUACCAGAUUCUGGAAAAUAUAGACUAGAAGAUGAUCCUCCAAUAUCUUUAUUCUGUUGUUGUAAUAAGUAGCUCUCAGGGUGACUGCUGUGGGCGAAAUGUAAUAUGCAGCUGAGCUAGGAUAGCAUAUGGAUAUUUUAAAAUAAGAUACGAUGUUUGAAGACUAUUAUGUUGGGUUAAUUGGUAGCUAUAAUUCACAAAGAACUAUGUUUAUAUCUUUAGAAGCCAUAUUUCAUAUAUUUUCUUCUUUAUGCUAAUUGUUAAAAAUUGUAACUAAUUUAAUGAGGGAAACUGUUCAAUUAUUGUUCUUUCCUGUCCUUGGUACUGUAGCUUGAGAAUAUGUUCUCUGUUAACCUGUUUGGUUCAUGUAGUCUUGGCUUCCAGCUACCCAGUGUGGAGUAUGUCAUCAGUGAAAAGCAAUCCCUGUUCUGACCAGAAAUUCAGAUUAUUUGGAGAUGUGGCCUGGAUCACUCCCAAAUGUCCAUCCCUGUGGGGAUCAUUAAUAUAUAAAUCCAAAAUCUUCUUUUAAAAUGCAGUAGAGAAAAAAAAAUUAACCAUCACUGCUGAUGAUGCAACUUUC